ACCAGGGCCGUGUCCUGUCCCUGCCCUAGGGCCGGGCUGGCAGCCAUGGGUGGCCGGUGUGACGCUGGGCCGGGGUGGUGCUCAGCACUCCUGGCAACGGGCUCCAGCUUGUCCCAAACAGGCAGCGAGCCAUGGACAUGCACAGACGCCUCACCUUCCUCCUCCUCCUCCUCCUCGGCCUCUGUGCCUCAGGGACUUUCGUCAGAGCAACAGCCCUGCAUGGCCUGCCGCUCGUGGUGGCCCUGAGUGAGGACGCGGCGCCAGGCACCCGUGUGGUCGAGGUGACCGUGUCCUGCAGCAAUGCGAGUGGCAGCCCCAACAUCACCCUGCACGGCGUCGAGCCUGGCCACCCCUUCAACACCAUCACCGUCAACACCGACCCCAUGGUCACCACCACAUUUCGGGCAGAGGUGACACUGCGUGCCGGUGCGGAGCUCGAUGCCCACCAGGUGAACCAGUACACCCUGACCCUGCGGGCUGCCUGUCCCGGUGAGGAGGAGGUGGAAGAGCGGCUCUUUGUCCAGGUGACAGCGGGGCAGGUGCUGCGCUGUGAUGCCCCCUUCACCAGCACGGGUAGGAGAUGGGGAGUAGCGGGUGCAGGGUGGCGGGGGCCACGGGUGCCAGCUGGCACUGGGGUCCCACGGCUGUGCUGUGCUGCAGGGGGAGAUGUGGUGCGGGUGUCGGCGGACGUGGCGCCCCGGACACCCCUGUACGUGGUGCUGCCGCAGCCACUCGGUGGGCUGACGUUCAGGCUCCGAAACCAGGACACACCACUCACGCUCACCCACCGGGGUCUGGUGCUGGCACCUGCCGGUGGUUUCAACCCCAGCAAGGACACUCAGAGGUUCAGGCUGGAGAUCGAGGUGAUGGACCGCCACGGGCACAACUGCAGCGGGGCUGUGACGGUGGAGGUGCUGCCAUCGCAACGUCCCAGUGUCACCUUCCGCGAGCCGCAGUGGGCUGUGACAGUGCCGGAGGGCACCAGCCCCUUGGAGGUGGUCACGCAGGUCCAUGCCAGCGGUGACAAUGUCCGCUAUGCCAUCCUCGCGCCUACAGUGCCCGUGCUCUUCACCAUUGAUGAGGUGACGGGUGAGAUCCGCAGCACCCGCCGGCUGGACGUGGCCCACGCACGCCUCCUCGUCCAGGCUUACAACACCCUGAACCCUGCUGACCGUGCCACUGCCAUGAUCAACAUCACUGUGCAGGAGGUGGACCGGCGGGCGCCGAGCUGUGUCCCAGCCAUCUCUGUGUCCCAGGUGCCCGAGACGGUGUCCCCCGGCACCACCCUGGUGACACUGAGGUGCACAGACCCCACCGGUGCCAAGGACUGCCUGCACUAUGGCCUUGAGGGGCCCCCUGCCUCCCUCUCCCGCUUCCGCAUGGAGGGGCCACAGCUGCAGGUCAACACCACCCUGGACUAUGACUCAGAAGCCAUGGCCGCUGUGGGCUUCCAGUUCACGGCCACCAUCAUGGUGACGGCAGGAGGGCAGUCCCCACGGAGUACCCGCGUCCCCGUGCUCGUGACAGUGACACCCGUCAACGAAUUCACGCCAGCAUGCCCCAAUGGUGCCGACUUCACCGUGCUGGAGACGGCGGCUUUCGGCAGCACCGUGGGGCGCGUGGCCGGCAGCGACCGUGACUACCCACCAGACAGCCUUGAGUACAGCCUGGAGGGGGGCACUGGCCCCAUGCAGCCCUUCUCCAUCGACACACGCACCGGCGACAUCCGCGUGGUGGGACCCCUCGACUCCCAGCGGUACAAGCGCUACAGGCUGAUGGUGCGGCUGACGGACACCCGCAACGACCUGGACCCGGCAAAGCGGUGGAGCCGCCUGUGCGACGUGGUCGUGCGCCUGCAGGCCGUGCCGAACCAGGCGCCGGUGUGCACCCCCGAGGUGCAGGAGCUGUGGAUCAUGGCCAGAUUGGGCAGCCGCCAGCCCGUCACCCGCCUGGCGUGCCAGGGCAGCCUCGACGGUGCUGCGCUGGCGUAUGCCAUUGCCGGAGGCAACGAGGAUGGGCGCUUUUGGCUGGAGGGGAACACCCUUUUCUACCUCUCCAAUGACCUAGCCGAGCCCCGCACUUUCGUGCUGCUGGUGGAGGUGUGGGGCAGCCCCGGUGUCCCCCGCCGCAGCACCGUGGUGGCACUGGUGGUGCGUGUCACCCCCUGGACCACCCCGGUGCCACCCAGCACCACCACCUGGCACACGACGCUGCAGAAGGAGCUGCUGGUCAUCACACGGACGGAGGCGGCAUGGCUUCCACCGGCCUGGUUUGUGACUGUGCUGACUGUAUCCAGUGCCCUGCUGCUGGCUGCCCUGGGCUGCGUGGCCCGGAGCCUGCUGUGCAGCAACAAAGCCUCUGGCAAGCUGCUCCUGGACAAGAGCUCCUGGGAUGUGGUGGAGCAGAGGGGCGGUGAAGAGGAGCGGGGCCGCCCUCACGCCGGCAGCCCGGGGCAGUUUGAUGGCCGUGCCCAGGACCCACGCACCGGCAGGGACUAUCUCUUCAACAGCGUGACUGGGGCGCGGCGCUGGAUCUGAGCAGCUUGACCCGGCGAGGGACUCCCCAUGGGCCAUGUUAGGCAGAGCACCGGGCACCAGCAGAGAGUCAGCACGGCCCUUGGUCCCAGGAGGAGGAGGGGAUCCCUCCUCCAUGGCCAAACUUGCUGCCCACCGUGUGCAGCCAGCCCCUGAGCCGCCCUGGCCAGCAC